AGUAGCAGCUCGGCCCUAGACUGUACAGAAGCGAAGUUGAAGGCUGGGCGCGGAUAACAGAACGCUAUGGUUAAAAGGGACGUAGAACAAUUAAAUUGACAUUUUAGCUACAUAUAAUAGUUACUGGAAAUCUGUUUUGAAUAAUACAACAUUUUUAAAUCAACCAUUUUUUCCCUCUUCGGUUGAAAGGCCUUUUUUUGGGAGUCUAAUCGCCACAGUCUCUGCGUACCGACCCGCUACCAGUCAGUCUUGCUCUACGUGAAACAUUUUCAUCUGGGCAGAAGAGGAUUUUUCCUUCUCGUCUGCGUGUUGGAUAUCAGACGGAUUUGAUCGGAAUAUAUAUUUAAAACAAGUUGGAUCAUCAAUUUUGCUAAAUCGUUUAGCUAAAUGAGUAUAAUCUUCGUGGUUAUCUCUCCGAUCAGAUGUCAGAAAUCCAUAUGACAGUACCAGCCACACAAAAAAUAUAUGACUGUGUCUAGUUAUCUAACGUUAGUUGGCCUUUAGGAAAUGUAAGGUUACUUUAGCUGCGUUUCAUGGAUUUGUAAAAUCCUAUCAUAAACAGCGUGCUAGAUAGUUGUUUUGAAGUGUAUAUAUAUAUAUAUAUCUAUUCUUUCUUUCGUGAAUGCUGGUUUGCUUGUUAGUUAUGAAAAGGUUAACGUCUGAUGGCUGACUGUAGGUAACGUUACUGUAGCCCAGUACAGAGGAGACUCGGAUGUCGAAAUAAAACGUUUUGGCAAUCAAAAACAAUAGCUAGCUGGGUCCUAAAGUAGACAGACAACGUUAGCUAUUUUCAUAGCUCAUCAAUUGUUGCAAUAUUGAUGUUAGCUUGUGAUUUUUAAAAUAUAUUUUUUAAUCAUUUUUUGUUUGUUUGUUGUUGCACUGUCUGGGACCUAAAUGACUGUUUGGACAAUCAAGGUUAGAUAAAAAAUCAUGAAUAUCAACUGUUAAACCUAGAAGACAUUUAUUCAUCCAUCGUAUUUGAUUUGGACUAUGUUAGAUUAUUAGAUAGUCCGGGCGAAUGUGCUCGUCUAGCUCACAGAUUGAAAGGGGUGAAAUAAGGAGAACUUCUUGGAGAAACCGCCCGUCCCAAUUAAUCCCACCAGCCAUGGCAGUCCUGGGCCGAAUGUCGGGGCUGGCGCCGGGGCUGGCACUGGGGCUGUACGGCAUCCUGCUCCUCAGUCCCGUCGCUGCUGCCCAGAGUGAGGAGCGUGAGUGUGCCUUCAAUGACCAGCAGCAGCAGUAUGAGGAGCAGCGUGUGGGAGCAGUGGGAGGAGCAGUGGGAGGAGCAGUGGGAGGAGCAGGAGACUGGCCUAUGACCAGAGAGAAUACUACUAUACGCUGCAGUAAGGGCUCUCGAUGCUAUGGCCUGUGGGAGAAGACUAGAGACGGAGAGAUACACCUGGUCAAACAGGGAUGCUGGACUCACAUCGGGGACCAGCAGGAGUGCCAUGACGACCGUUGCGUGGUUACCACCACUCCGUCUCAGAUCCAGAACGGGACGUAUAGGUUCUGCUGCUGUAGCACCAACAUGUGUAACGUCAACUUCACCGAGGACUUCCCCCCGCCCAGCCCCACCUCUGCACAGCUAUACCCACGGCCGCUGUACCGCGAGGAGACCAUCGUGAUCGCCCUGGCGUCUGUCUCCAUAGUAGCGGUGCUGAUCGUGGCGCUGUUCUUCGGGUACCGCAUGCUGAGUGGAGACAGGAAACAGGGACUACACAACAUGGACAUGAUGGAGGCCGCAGCCUCAGAACCCAGCCUCGACCUGGACAGCCUUAAACUACUAGAGCUGAUUGGUCGAGGGCGAUAUGGCUCCGUGUAUAAGGGUUCUCUAGACGAGCGUACCGUGGCGGUCAAGAUGUUCACCUACCAGAACCGGCAGAACUUUGUCAACGAGCGAGCCAUCUACCGUGUCCCCCUGCUGGAGCACGAUAACAUCGCACGCUUCAUCGUAGGAGACGAGAGACUCACAGCCGAUGGACGCGUGGAGUACCUACUGGUCAUGGAAUAUUACCCUCAUGGUUCUCUGUGUCAGUACCUGAGUCUGCAGACAGGAGACUGGGUCAGCUGUUGUCGCCUCACACACUCUGUCACACGGGGGCUGGCCUACCUGCACACUGAGCUGCUGAGAGGAGACAUCUACAAGCCAGCCGUAUCUCACAGAGACCUGAAUAGCAGGAAUGUUCUAGUAAAGAACGAUGGGACGUGUGUGAUCAGUGACUUUGGUCUGUCCAUGAAGCUGACAGGGAACCGCCUGGUCAGACCUGGAGAGGAGGAGAACGCUGCCAUCAGCGAGGUGGGUACAGUCCGAUACAUGGCCCCAGAGGUUCUGGAAGGGGCGGUGAACCUGAGGGACUGUGAGUCGGCUCUGAAGCAGGUGGACAUGUACGCCCUGGGGCUCAUCUACUGGGAGACCUUCAUGAGGUGUACUGAUCUCUUCCCAGGUGAGGCGGUGCCCGACUACCAGAUGGCGUUCCAGGCCGAGGCAGGGAACCACCCCUCCUUUGAGGACAUGCAGGUCCUGGUGUCCAGAGAGAAAGAGAGACCCAAGUUCCCCGAGGCCUGGAAAGAGAACAGUCUGGCGGUGCGGUCCCUGAAGGAGACCAUGGAGGACUGUUGGGACCAGGAUGCUGAGGCCAGGCUGACCGCUCAGUGUUCAGAGGAGCGCAUGGCUGAACUACUGCUGAUCUGGGACAGGACCAAGUCUGUCAGCCCCACGGUUAACCCUAUGACCACCACACUGCAGAACGAGAGGAACCUGUCCCACAGCCGCAGGGGUCCUAAAGUCAGCCCCUACCCAGACUACUCCUCCUCCUCCUACAUCGAGGACCACGAGGGCCACACGGUGAAGAACCUUCCUGGGGGGGACACCUCUGUAUCGGGUACCUCCUCCGUCGGCGUCCUGGGUGGAACCAGCAGUGUACCCGCAGGCCCAGAGAAGAACCGAAACUCCAUCAACGCCGAGCGUCAGCAGGCUCAGGCCCGUCUGCCCAGCCCGGAGAGCAGCGGCGCCAGCCUCUCCACACCCAACACGGUCAUGACCACCAUCUCUGAGUCGGGUCAAGGGGAGGACUCAUCCGGCCCACUAGGUGGCACUGUGCUGGGGCUGGUGGUGCCGGUGUGUCUGCAGCUGACCCAGGAGGACUUGGAGACCACCAAGCUGGACCCUAAAGAGGUUGACAAGAACCUGAAGGAGUCUUCUGAUGAGAACCUUAUGGAGCACAGCCAGAAACAGUUCUCUGCUCCUGACCCCCUCAGCUGUAAGUCUUCCUCCCUGCUCUAUCCCCUCAUCAAGCUGGCUGCGGAGGUGACUGGGGCCGGGCCUGGGGCCCAGGGAGGGUCUGGGACCGGGGCCAGUGGGAUGGGGGACCCUCCAGCUACUAUGUUCCCCCUGCCCAAACAGCAGAACCUCCCCAAGCGGCCCACCAGCCUACCACUCAACACCAAGGCCAAGGAGGGCUCUGGUUCCUCCAGACUGAAGUCUGGGAAACACCGGUCCAACCUGAAGCAGGUAGAGACGGGCGUGGCCAAGAUGAACACGGUCGCCCCAGCGGCAGAGCCACGCCUUGUUAACGUUACCAACAACGGGCCAACGGCCGUAGGAAACGGGGUGCGGAGUGGCGUAAGCGUCGUGGUCGUCAACGGUUACCUGAACGGGGGCGUGGCCUCUUCAACUGGAGGCGGGGCUCCUUACGGGACUACCAAUCCGGCGGGCCCUCAGGGGGAGUUGGGCGGAGCGACACCCUUGUUACAGACCCAGCUCAGUGGAGAGGACAGUAGACUCAACAUCAACUCCAGUCCUGAUGAACAUGAACCACUGUUAAGGAGAGAGCAGCCCACCGCAUGUGACCAGAGACCAACCAAUCACCUGGCGGGCCGCACCAACACUAACAACAACAACAACCGUCUGGUGAUCACAUGUCCAUCUGUAGAGGGACAGCCUGAACCCCUCACCUUUGUCCCCAUACCUAGACCUCUCUCUGUACCCAAACCCAUCUCCGUACCUAUCACUGCCCCUCUCACUGCCGAACUACCAGCCCCAGUCUCAACCCCAGUCCCAGUCUCAAACCCAGUCCCAGUCUCAACCCCAGUCCCAGUCUCAACCCCAGCCCCAGUCCCAGUCUCAACCCCAGCCCCAGUCUCAACCCCAGCCCCAGUCCCAGUCUCAACCCCAGCCCCAGUCUCAACCCCAGUCCCAGUCCCAGUCUCAACCCCAGUCUCAACCCCAGCCCCAGUCUCAACCCCAGUCCCAGUCUCAAACCCAGCCCCAGCCCCAGUCCCAGUCUCAACCCCAGUCCCAGUCUCAACCCCAGUCCCAGUCUCAACCCCAGUCCCAGUCCCAGCCCCAGUCCCAGCCCCAGUCCCAGUCUCAAACCCAGUCCCAGUCUCAACCCCAGUCCCAGCCCCAGUCCCAGUCCCAGUCCCAGUCUCAACCCCAGCCCCAGUCCCAGCCCCAGUCCCAGUCUCAACCCCAGUCCCAGUCUCAACCCCAGCCCCAGUCCCAGUCCCAGUCCCAGUCUCAACCCCAUUCCCAGUCUCAACCCCAGUCUCAGUCCCAGUCUCAACCCCAGUCCCAGUCCCAUUCUCAGCCCCAACCCCAGUCCCAUUCUCAACCUCAGCCCCAGCGGCCCUCAGACAGCCCAAACCCAGACGACCUGAGAGACCCUGCUCCCUGGACCUGUCUGGCUCCUCACACAACAGCUCUUCAGGUGAUGGUUCGUCGCUGGACGGCCAGGGAGGGUCAGGUGAGAAGAUCAAACGUCGUGUCAAGACACCGUACUCCCUGAAGAGGUGGCGCCCCUCCACCUGGGUGGUCUCCAUGGAUACGCAGGUUGGAGAGGUAAACAACAACGGAACCUGUCGCUCCAAGUCCUCCACUGCCGUCUACCUGGUAGGAGGGGGGACUACCACAGCCACCAUGACCUCUGACCCCUGUGACCCUGGCAUGACCUGCCUGUGAACCCUGACCCCUGGAGCAGGGUGUGAUAACAGGUGGGCAGUGUGUUGCAGAAAUGCCAGCUGCCUGUUUGCCAACUACACCCAGCUGGCUACUAAUCUUUAUGUGGUCGGCUACUUCAAUGACUUUAACAAAUUGAGGUGUAUCAGAUGCCACCAAAUGUGAUUUUUUAUUUUUUAGGGCAGAAUGUGUUGCCCUGACCUCCCACACCUCCAUAGCUGGCAACUUCUUUCAUUACGCUGGCUACAUUCGAUUGUCGGGAACACAUUGAGGAGAGCGUGGCCUCCUUAGGCUACGGCUGUGUCUACAAUAACACCCUAUUCCCUAUAUAGUGCACUACUUUAGACCAGAGCCGAUAUGGUCGAUAGGGUCUGUUGUGAAUAGGGUGUCAUUUGAGGCGUUGCCUACCUGUAUGACAGCAUGCUCCGGUUUCCUGAUUUCCUGGUUCAAAUUCCGUCAGAAGGAGAAGAAACGAUGUGACUGCAAGAGAAUCAAUUGUCAAGAAAGAAGCACUUAUAAAUUAUGAUAUUCUUUUCUUCUCAACUUUUUCUUUACUUUGAAGAACUUUAAAACCGAAUAUAGCUAUGCAGCAACAUUGGCUUCACUUGCUUCCAUUAUAAAUGCUGUUCCACAUAAAUCAUUGUAUGAUUGUACGUAUGGCAGUUUUUUUUUAUUUUGAAAAAUAUUGUUUUAUUGUUUUCGCACUUCAAAAAAAAAAAAAAAAGUGAUGUCAAUCAUCUAGUGACCAUGGUAACGACUGGUCUAAAAAACAUUAAGAGACAAGACAAGACUGAUCAAGCAGGAGCAGUGGGUCUUUAAGACUGGGUUAGAUGCUCAAAGUAAUGUUUAUGCAUUAGUACAUUCAGUAACGGUAUAUUUUUAUUAUUUAACUAGGCAAGUCGGUUUCAGAACAAAUUCUUAUUUACAUUGACCGCCUACACCGGGCCAAACCUGGACGACGCCGGGCCAAACCUGGACGACGCCGGGCCAAACCCAGACGACGCCGGGCCAAACCCGGACGACGCCAGGCCAAACCCGGACGACGCCGGGCCAAACCCGGACGACGCCGGGCCAAACCCAGACGACGCCGGGCCAAACCCAGACGACGCCGGGCCAAACCCAGACGACACCGGGCCAAACCCGGACGACGCCGGGCCAAACCCGGACGACGCCGGGCCAAACCCAGACGACGCCAGGCCAAACCCAGACGACGCCGGGCCAAACCCAGACGACGCCGGGCCAAACCCAGACGACGCCAGGCCAAACCCGGACGACACCGGGCCAAACCCGGACGACGCCGGGACGCCGGGCCAAACCCGGACGACGCCGGGCCAAUUGUGCGCCGCUCUAUGGGACUCCCCGGCCGGAUAUGAUACAGGCUGGAUUCGAACCAGGGACUGUAGUGCACUGAGAUGCAGUGCCUUAAACCACCGUGUAUGCUUUAGUACAUUCAAUAAUGUUUAAGUUUGUUUUUACAUCAAUCUGUAGAUCCUACGUUUUUCCAUCACAUUGUUUAAUGUCCGAUAGGCUUUAGCGUUGAAGUUUAAACCAUUUUUAAUUGUGUUGUAUUCUUUGCAGCGGUUACUUCUGUUGUUAUUAUGACAUUGUAAACAGUGCACUUAUUAUUAUCAUUAGUAGUAGCUGUCCUGCUCUCUGUCACAUGUCCCUGAAUGAGACAGCUGUCUACAAGGACAUGAGGUAUCUGCAGCUCUCUUAUAAGGACAUUAGAGAUAUCUGCAGCUCUCUACAAGGACAUUAGAGAUAUCUGCAGCUGUCUAUAAGGACAUGAGGUAUCUGCAGCUGUCUAUAAGGACAUUAGAGAUAUCUGCAGCUGUCUACAAGGACAUGAGGUAUCUGCAGCUGUCUACAAGGACAUGAGGUAUCUGCAGCUGUCUACAAGGACAUUAGAGAUAUCUGCAGCUGUCUACAAGGACAUUAGAGGUAUCUGCAGCUGUCUACAAGGACAUUAGAGAUAUCUGCAGCUGUCUACAAGGACAUUAGAGAUAUCUGCAGCUGUCUACAAGGACAUUAGAGGUAUCUGCAGCUGUCUACAAGGACAUUAGAGGUAUCUGCAGCUGUCUAUAAGGACAUGGGAUUUUGUUCUGUUACAAAAAGAAAUUAGCGACAGUUUAACGUCAGUCUACUCCGACUGACCGUUGAACUCCUCUUCAGAAGACACUCGUCAUUAUUCUAAACCUUUCACUGUUCUCUCUACCCAGUCAGUCCCCUGCCUAGCUUAAUAAACCAGACCAAUUAUUGGUAUACAGUCUGAAUCAAAGCACUGCUCGUUUCCUUACGAGCCAGAAUGUUGAAUAAAAUGACAUUUGAACUUCCGUUA